AGUAGAACGGUCGCACACGGGCCGCCUUCGGCCCUCCCUCUAGCUCCGCGAAUUUCUCGCGGCACUAGUAGCCUAAGAAGAGGCAUAGAGUAUCUGUUUCGACCAUUGGCUAGGCCGCAUCAAGCGUGCAUCGCGAGAUGGCAGCGGUCGAGGGGCGAGAUGCGGCGGCGGCGGACUCGGGCGGCGUCCAGCCCAAGUAUGAUGCUGAGUUCACAGACAACGUCAUCGCCGCUACGGGACCCAACGCCCAUCCCCGGCUCAAGCAGAUCAUGCCUAGUCUCCUGCGGCACCUACACGAUUUUGCCCGCGAGGUUGAUUUGACUGUCGCGGAGUGGAUGGUCGGGGUUGACCUCAUCAACGAGUCUGGCCGCAUGUCUGACGAUAAACGCAACGAGACGGCCAUGCUCAGCGACGUCCUCGGCCUCGAGUCGCUCGUCGACGAGAUCACGUCGAAGCUACUUAUCUCCGCCAGAAGCGGCGGUGACGGCAGCGGGAGGCCCCAGGUCACACCCUCGACCGUGCUUGGCCCCUUCUAUCGCGUGGACGCGCCGAUUCUACCCAACGGCAGCAGUAUCAUCACCGCGCCGCAGGACUCGGCAUGGUACCAGAAGGCUGCGCCGAUGUUAGCGUACGUGUCGGGGCGCGUGACGUCGGCGCAGUCGGGGCGGCCGGUGGCGGGGGCGUCGUUGGACGUGUGGUUGGCGGGACCCAACGGGCUGUACGAGCAACAGGACCCGGACGUGCCGGAUAUGAAUCUCCGGGGCCGCUUCCGGACCGAUGAGGCGGGGCGCUAUGCGCUGCGCUGCCUGCGGCCAACGGCAUACCCGAUACCGGAGGACGGUCCGGCGGGUCGCCUACUCACGCUACUCGACCGUCAGCCGUACCGGCCGGCGCACAUCCAUUUCAUUGUCGAGGCGCCGGGGCACCACUCGCUGACGACGCAGUACUUCGACGCGGAUGACCCGCACAUCAGCGAUGACACCGUAUUCGCGGUCAAGAAGGAGCUGCUAGUCCGGUUCCAGGAGCGCACCGGAGACAAGGACGCUCGCUGGUCGGCGAUGUGCGACUUUGUGCUGUCCGAGGGGUAACGAGAGCCGGCGCGUUAAUAUGGAGUACCUAUGUUGCGUAAGGUGCAGGUUGCUGCUCUUAUUGCUCUCACGUAAAGGUACGCCUAUCAGAGAGGCGAAGGUAAGGUUGAUGAGGAAGAAGGGAGAAUGGGAAGGGGGGGAACUCGAACUCCCGUUGGCUAUUAGCUAUCGCUAC